CUGCGUGAGGCCGUGAGGUCUACUGUUCAUAAAACUACUAGUAUUCUAACAAUCAUAAUAUACUCAUUUUCUUAAUUUCAAGUUGAAUAGAAAAAAUCUUUUACAAAAAAGACCCAGUUUGUCGUAGCUCUACAAUGUCGUUAUACCGCUUUGUCGGGGUUCCGGAAUAUUCAAGUACAGCGUUCCCAGUUCUGUGAUUCUGAUUUCUGCUGAACAAGUUGCAGCUGCGGAGCUGAACAACAUUCACCGGAUGGAUCAGCUUUUUGUUGAAUACAAUAAUAAUAAUAAAUUUAUAGUAAAUUUUGUAAUUUGUUGGUGACAUUGAACAAUAUAAUUUUGACACUUUAUUGUAAUGUAAUGUUGAAUAUAAACAUUUCAUUGUUGGAUUCAUCUAUCUGAAAUGGACUCGAACCGCUCAUCGGAUGCAUCUUCUUCAAUUGCAGAAUUUCUAGAAAAGGAGAAAAUAUGCCAGGAUUCGCACAAACAAACUGAAAUUGCUGGCACAAAUUCUCACAUAGAUUGUGUAGUAUCGGCACAUGAUAAUAAAAACUGCUCCAUUUCAUCAGAUGAAGAAAUCGGAAGCCUGUUAUGUCAAAUGAAGGAAUUGUUAUCGCCUGUUGACUUUGACUAUUUGGACGCUCAUGAAGGUCGAUCUGUUGAAGAUUUAUUGAAAGAAGCCAGAGAACUCAUGCGAACUUCGCCAUUAUACAAUCAUCUUGAAAAAAACUCAAUCUGCAUUGAUGCUCUAGACAACCAUAAGUUGAUUGAUUCUCCUACUUCUCCGGCCAAAGAAGAAUAUGUUUCUCAAACGCAAAACUUGAAAGCUUUCUGA